GAAAAACCUUUCGCAAACAAUUCUGCGGACGUUCGGACGGUUCCUGAUCUGCCGCGAGCUCCAAGUCGCAGGGCUCUUUGAAGUAGGUGCCUUCCACUUGGCGGCUGGGACGUCGAAAAAAGAAGACCUGCGUGGUCCGGCGGGUGAUAGCGCAAGAACUGCUGGCACCAGUACUACAACACCGCUCGUUCGUCGCAGCACGACCGAUGGAACACGAACAAUGUCAAAACCAGGCGGUAAAAGCGGUAAAAAUAGCAGGCCAACAACAACAAAAUCUGCGCUACAAGAAAAUCACUCGAUGAUGACAACAAAACUUUUGACAGACCAUCUGUGCAAGGGCGUAUUAAAGACCUGGGCGGCGGUGGCCGCAACAUCGAAUGAUCAACGUCAGGAUGGUUCAGCUGCGCCGCCCCAGGCGUCGUUGAACGAAAGAAAAAUAAAUCCUGUCUCAUCCUCCGCCUUUCCGAGGAACACGAAGAAGGCCACUGCGGGGGGCAUGAACAUGAAGAAACAGAAUCACGCAGCUAUUUCGACGACGUCCCCGCUGGAACAUCAACAUCCUCUUGAGCAGGUGGACAGCACGCGCAGCUUUUGGGACCGCUAUGCGGAGGACCAGAUGCAAAAAGCUACCAAAGUACUAGAUGACCACGGUGCUCCUGGGAGCUUUUCUAGUACUUUCGAGACCAAAAAUUAUCCGCUCCCCGGUCGUGGUGAACAACAAGCUUUUUUUUCAAAAGACUCCUACGCCGCGCGACUCCAGCAACUUAUCCAGGUGACGGCGGUCAUCGGGGAAAAAUUUGAGGAGUGUUUGCAUUUGAUACGCGAGGAAAAACGGAGAAGGGGAAAGUUCUUGGAAAACUGGAAUAACGCCAAAGUCUUCUCCUUCCUGGAAUCUCUCUACCACCGGGUGAGUGACCUGGCGGUAGUAGACGGCUCCGACGCAGAUGAGCUCCAGGCCGCGGUUACCGAAUUGCUCGAGAACUUGCAGGAGAACAGCGGCGCGACAGAGUACGUCGUGCCGAUCUUCCUUCGGUUUUUGCAGAAUAAAGACACCGACCUGGUCGAAGUGCGUAGAAACGACCGCGACCAGCCGUCUUCUAGUACUACUUCCUACGUGAAAAUGGCCCGUUUGCCGAUCGAGUCGCAGCGAUUUGCGCGCAAUCUGUUCGGAAAUCAUAAUUUGUUGGCCCAGCUGAGCAGCUGGUUACGCGCGACCUGGCGGCAAGAGGUAAAUCAGAUGGACAAAGUUGCGGAACUCUUCCUGCGGUUCUUCGACGAGCGCACGCGGGAGUGGCCAGCGCUGCAACCACGGCGACCAGCGCAGCGUCACUUCGACACUUUUGAAGCCUCCAAGUCGUGGCUCCAGAAUGUAAACAUCCUAGAGCUUUUACUGCAUGCGAGUUUGAAAGAAGAAGAAGAACAAUCCGAGGGAAAGUUGGUGGAUGCAGUGGCUGGGCAGCUUGAUUACGAUGCAACUUCUUUUCGCGCAGAAGCAGCAGCAGGCCGGACCAGCGAGAUGAAGAUGAAAAUAACAACAAGUUGGGUGGAGUUAGCAGGUGGAGUGGCGGCCACGCAGGUUGUACAUGAAGCAUAUCAGCGUUUGAAGGAGUUGGCUCAGUCGUCUCUACAACAUCUUCCAUCCACCGCCCCUACUCCCUUUGGAGGUAUGAUGACUUUUCUGCAAGCCUUGCACUGGCGGAAGGUUUCACUGGGUGCCGCAUUGGAAGAACAGAAAUUAUCUCCAAAUCAGAAGAUUUUCAAACCAAAAGGGACGAAGAACAAAGCACCAGCAGAGGAAGUAGAUGAGCCGGAAACGGAUCAUAUCUCGAAGGCCACGAGUAGACCUCCGCAGCAUAGUCCUCAGUGGAUGUUGGAGGAAAAGCAAGCUCUCGACGGGAUCAAUUUCUACCCGUUGCAGAAAUUGUUGCGGGACUUGGAAAAUUUGUCUACGGCUGCGCAGGAGGGCGGGACGGAAGAGGUAGUUGUAAAGACGGAGCAGGCGCCGGGACGAGAAAGAGAAACAAUACCAAGGCCAGCUGGCUUCGCGCUCCAACCGGAAGUCGACCUCCUGCAGAAGUCCACAUCGCAAGAAAGUACUUCUACCGCAUCUUCAAAGGUGGCAACAAGGCCACGAGGACCAGUCAGCUUCCAAGGUGGACCACCUCCUCCGGAAGGAUCGCAAGCAUUUUCAUCUGAUCCUCGUGAGGCAGCAGCAGCUCCUGGCGCUGCUCCUGCUUUGCGCACUAUUUCUAGACCGCUUUGGAGCGAGGUAAUACAUGAAGAGUCACCUCAUCUGAACUACAAGGACGAUGAAGAGGAUCUUGUCUUGAACGACUUGGAGAGGAUCUUGGAUGCGCCUUGGAUGCACGCAACUUCAGCUUUCGAAGGUUCUUGUUCAGGCAGCUCCUCCGAGGACGAAGAAGAUGAAGAACUCGAUCCGGGUAGUGCUACCAGAACGAGUAGCGAUUUACCACGGGGAAAGAACACAAUGAAAAUGAUAAGAAGGAAUUGUGUCCCUACCAUCCCCACCGCGUUGAAAGUGUUGAUCAACUGGAUGGAAGAUGUCAACCUCGAUCUCUUAUGCAUUGCAAAUGUGUCUGGGUCUGGAAACUUGUGAUGCAAGGAGUGGAAUCAAUACUAGUCAGCACACUGUAAUGCGCUGUCAAGCAUGACAAGUUUUUCCGUGGUUAGGAGUUGCGUACUCCGCAUGAGAAACUGCGUUUUUGCAUGACAGGCAAGAGGAGGUCUCUGCGGUGACGCAACACAGAGUUGUUCAGAGUGAUGCCAGACUAGCAUGACAAAUCUCGCAACUGCCCAGACCCAGACAUAUUUGCAUUUGAUAUCUCUCCUUUAACCUCCGUUCGCGCUUCGUCCGCGACGCGAUUGAGCAUUACGGUGAAGAUCCGACUUGUUAAUUGACUGCCACAGAAAAGAGAGAAUAAUUACUACCCGUCAACAUUUCGAGCAUGGAGGUAGGGGAGAUUUCUGCUCCGUCUUCAUCUGCCCGGGAGAAGGUCGCGAAGGUAGCGGAGGUGCUGGGCAGUUUUGUACUGGGAACGAUAUAAUUUUGGGUUGUCCAGGCCGCGGCCAUGAAAAUGGUAAAUGAAACUCAGGACGACUGGGAAGCCCCAUAAUGGAAGGAUUGUAUCAAAGGCAAAAUGUCCUCAGUUUUGCAGCUGUAACAUUAACAUUUUGUACAUGUAGGAAAAAAAGUGAUGAUCUAAGAUAUGACACAGACUGUAGGAUGUUUCUGGUGCAAAAGAUGAACACCCGAGCGCAAUAGAAAUUGUGCGGACAACAUAGUAUAUAUGUCCUGAGGAACAACCAUGGACUUACCUUUUGUAACAUGAAAAUAACUACUGCUACUGCCCCAAUGAUAUGGUUUAUUCAUCCUUCUUCCCGUUCGUCAUUACUCACAACUGAGAGUUCGUUGUAAGUACUUACCCCUGAAACUGAAAAGAAAUUCACCCUCGAACUUUAGUUGUGUGUCGCUGAAUGAUUGUUGUAAAAUGUCGUAAAUUACUGGCCGGAGUGAAGCAGGAACAGAUUCGCAACGGCGGCCGCUUUUUUGUCAGCGUUUUUAGACUACAUUCACGGUCAGUGCAGAUUUCCUAUUUUUUGUGCGAUGGUUGUCGUUGUAUCAGUAUCUAUCAUGGUUCGAGCUAAGGCCGCACUAUCCAGUACAGUAUUGUUGUCAUUGUAGCGGGGACCUGAUGUCUUUGCGGGAAAGCUCGCUGGAUGAGCAUCAGGUUAUUUACAUGUGCUGCAGAAGUAAAAUGCAACGAUAACGAAUUGGUUUUGAGCAAGCUCCUGUCAUAGAUAUUUUCGAAAGCGGCGCCACAUUUGUCAGGCAGAUCAGAAGGCGAAGGGUAGAAGUUGACUCCAGCUUUAACACAUUCUAGUAAAGUUGUUGUGGGUCCCCCGGACUUUUCAUUCUCUACAGAGGCCGACGCAGUGUAAUGUACCGCGCUGCUUCUUACUUACUCGUCAAAUUAGGCCUGGUAUUAGGAAACUGCACCUUUCUUGUUUGGGACAGACUAGUAUCGCCAUGAUCUUCUUUUGAAGUCCACAGAACUCGCAUCAGCUUUACGGAUGAUGUGUGAUGAUGACCUACUUGUUUUCAUGUCUGUGAAACGCAAAAGAUUAUGUACUUCAGUUUGUGAGUCACUUCUAUAGCGAUAGCGGCCUUCUCGUGCUUGUUUCAUUCUCACAAUUUAUUACCUCUGCAACGCCAAGCCUUAUUUGAAUAUAUCUCGGACAGAUUCAGAAGUAUUGGUCAGCGGGCUAGGACCUAGAUCCGGACAGAAAGAAGCCUCAUAAAUUAGCGAAAUCGAACAAACAACACUGGAAUGUUUUUUCCUUCGAUGCGAGGACGUGUCAUGUGUGAUUUUUAGGAAAUUAAUUGUGAAUGUUGAGAAGACCGUCGAGAUUGCUCUUAUUCUUGCGGACAACCUCCUGCCUGUUGCCAAAGCGAAUAAAUAUUCCGCUGCCAGCCUCAUUGAGAUUGAACUUGAAGUAUUG